UUCUUGACGACAGGGGGGCGCUAGCAUGUGCGUUACGCGACUCUAAAACGCUAAAAACAGGGUUCCCAGAAGGCAGCCGGAAAUCGCAAGAGUAGACCGCCAGUUCCAAGAAAGCUUAGUUUGGUAGUUCGGAAUCUUUUAGUUUUCUAGGCCUCGCUAUUUUCACAUAGAUACUGCAUAGAACCACUCGUCUACACUCAAGCAAGACACUUCAUGAAACAUCAUGUCAACACAAGCAUUAUGCGAACCGCUCACUCAAUACGCUACAUUCCUAGUAGUGUCGGCUACGGCUAGACCAAACUCAAUCGCCACAAUCAAACAAGGCCUUACCUCGCUUAGCGACAUGAUUAAGAACGUAGCUGUUCGAUACCCAGGCGCACGCCUUAGUUGCAACGCUGGCAUAGGGAGCUCGUUAUGGGACUGACUAUAUCCGGCUCCGCACUAUGCCGCAGGGGCCCCUGGCCAAAAGCCCCGCGAAUUGCGUCGGUUUAAGGAGCUUCAUGGAGGUACUCAUACCGCAGUGUCAACCCCUGGCGACCUUCUAUUCCACAUCAGGGCCGAGCGACAUGACAUGGUAUUUGAGUUUGAACGGCAACUGUUGGACUUUUUGGGAGAGUCCAUCUCUACUGAGGAUGAGACAGUAGGUUUCCGCUAUUUUGACGGCCGAGACCUGCUUGGGUUUGUUGAUGGGACUGCAAAUCCUGAUGCGCAGGACCUGAACAAGACAGUCUGCAUAUCGGCAGAAGAUGACCCUGCUGCAGCAGGUGGAUGCUACAUAGUGGUCCAAAAGUAUGUACAUGACAUGGGGUCAUGGGCAAAACUUUCUACAGAAGAGCAGCAGAACGUGAUCGGAAGAGCAAAGUUUGAUAACAUUGAGCUGAGCGACGCCCCCGCUUCACAGCAAAAAGCGCAUAAAACGCUAGCUACUGUAGUAAAUAAAUACGGUGAGGAGUGUGAGAUUCUUCGAGAUAAUAUGCCUUUUGGGAAUCCUGGGCAAAGGGUCUUUGGAACAUACUUUAUUGGAUAUUGCAAAGACCUUUGGGUUAUUGAAAAGAUGCUGGAACGAAUGUUUAUUGGGGACCCUCCUGGAAAGUAUGAUAAGAUACUGGACUAUUCCAAAGCAGUAACCGGGGCGAUAUUCUACGCACCACCUGCACGAGUGUUGCAAUUACUAGAUAAUUAA